AAGAAACGGAGGGGGAAGAAGAAGGUCUGGGGGGGCUGCUAAAGACGGGACCAUCAUGAUCAACGGACCCCUGCAAAUCUGGAUUUUCUAGCAUGAACUUCAUAAAAAACCAGCACCACAGUUUUUUGACAUGAGCAUCUUCACCAGUGUAUGCACCUUGCCCUGACCCCCCACAAACCACUCUUCACAAAGCUUGCUGGAGAUCCUCGAUGUCACCUCUCCCAUUAGAGAUUGGCUCAAACACAGAUUCGCUUCAUCCUCAUCCAGAACCGGGCCGGCAAGACGCGCCUGGCCAAGUGGUACAUGCAGUUCGAUGAUGACGAGAAGCAGAAGCUCAUUGAGGAGGUGCACGCUGUGGUCACGGUGCGAGAUGCGAAGCACACCAACUUCGUGGAGUUCCGGAAUUUUAAAAUCAUCUACCGCCGCUACGCAGGGCUGUACUUCUGCAUCUGUGUGGAUGUGAACGACAACAACCUGGCCUACCUGGAGGCCAUCCACAACUUCGUGGAGGUUUUGAAUGAAUAUUUCCACAACGUCUGUGAACUGGACCUGGUCUUCAACUUCUACAAGGUUUACACCGUGGUGGACGAGAUGUUCCUAGCUGGCGAGAUCCGCGAGACGAGCCAAACGAAAGUCCUGAAACAGCUGCUUAUGCUGCAGUCCUUGGAAUGAGAGAACUGGAUCGAAUCGGCCCCAUCCCCUACCCUGCCCGGGACUCCUCCUUGUCCCUGAAUCAAUGACUGUCUCAGAGCAAAUUUAGCCACUCUCCAUUGGGGGGAAGGGACGCCCCCUCAAAUGGAUCAGAACAAGUUGAAAAUUUCAGUCCCACCUCCCCCAUGCUUGAAUGUGGCAGCUGAGAUCCCGGGUGGGUGGGUCUAAUGGAAGAGAGCAACUGUAUUUUGAAAAAAAAACCACAAAACACAAUGUUUUUGGGCCCUGACACAACCAUCCCCGAUCUCUGUGCUUUCCCUCCAUAUAACCAGCGUGCUGUCUCCCCCUCACACCUCUGUUCAUGUCAGUGUGUGUGCUGAGUCUGCACUAGAAGUGGGACCACAACUGUGUGUUAUGCAUUGGUGAGUGGUAGCCAUACCAUAUGGCUAGUGAUGUAUUGAAGUAAACCGUCUGUGAAACACUC